AGAAGGAGAGAGGCAAACAGAUCAAGAUGGCUGACUCUAGCACCGGCAAACCUAUGGUCACUUCCUCAGUCUCCCUCAAAGUUACCGCUCCUUCUUUCUACAACCAACCCAAAAAGUUUGCAUCUGUCGCUCCUCCACGCCCCAAAGCACAGAUGGCCCCAUCACAACCCUCAUCAUUUGUAAGCACUGCUGUAAUUGGACGAGUUGGAGAGAUGCCCCCACCCCCUUCAACUCUUCAUGAGGACUUUCCACCCCCUCCUCCUCCACUGGAUGAUGCAGAGCUUCCAGCCCCGCCUCCAGAAUGCCAGAUCAUCCCCCCUGCAUCUGAUGCCCCUCCUCCUGCAUUCCCAGCCCCGCCCCCAGUUGCAGAAGACCUGAUCCUCCCUGCACCUCCUGAGGAAUUAAUAUCUGUACCUUCUGCCUCCUUCCCCCCGCCCCCACCUCCUCCUCCUCCUCCUCCUCCUCUCCCUGAGACAAGUGCAGGUGUCAGCUCUCAGAGGCUGUUUCAGAAACAGACCAGUUUUGACAGGCAGUUGGGCUCAUUGACUGAUAUGUUAUCAGAGAUGGAGACUAGCGGACCUUUCAAUCCAAAGUUGCCUAGCAAGUUUUCAUCAACACCAGCGCCAAAGCCAGCAGCGCCUCCACCGACCGCUCGUAAGCCUGCCCUUUCCUUUCUACCCCCUCCUGAGCUGCAGGAUCGUCCUCCCCCCGCCCCGUGGGCUGAGGAGCUACGUGCCCGAACACGACCGGCCAAUCAGAACACAGCAUCUUCCCCCGCACCUGUACAGUCAUUUACUAAAGGCCCAGCUGUUGCUCCAAAGAACAACUUCCCUCCCAGUCAGCUGAAUUCAAACUUCGGAUCCAAAACAGUUGUUCCAGCACCUUCUGGAGGCGCAAGAGGGUUUAACCACGCCGUUAAAACCCCCGCCCAAUGCUCUUUCCCACCACCUCCACCUGCCGCCCCUCCCGCCCCCGUUCCUCCACCAGCGAAUAUUCCUGCCCCUGCACCUACAUUCAAUCACUCAGAAACAUCUCCCACUGGCAUACAGCAAAGCUUUGCUCCGCCUUCUCCUGCUGCACCUAAAGCAUCACCCGUCCCAUCAUUCAACAGACCAGCAGGAAACACUGUUCCACCAAAGGUGUCUGGUUCAGGUUCAGGUUCAGGUCCUGGUGGAGCGCCUCUCACUAUGAGGGAAGUAGAAGAGCUGGAGAAAAUGACUAAGGACUUUAUUAAAGACAUGGACAAACAUCCUCCUGCGAUCACCGCUCCAGCUGCAGAGGUGUGUGGUAAUUGUGGAGAGGCUCUGUCUAGUUCUCAACCAGCAGUAAGAGCGAUGGAUCAGCUCUUCCACUCGCACUGUUUCUGCUGCGUGACCUGUCAGCGCCCCCUGCAGGGCAUGCAGUUCUACGACCGCGACGGGACACCUCAGUGCGACGGCUGCUACAUGAGUUCUCUGUCUGUGUGUUCCCGUUGCGGGGAGCGGAUCACAGAUCGUGUGCUGAAGGCGGUGGGCCAGUGUUUCCAUGCUCACUGUUUCCUCUGCACUACCUGCGGCUGCACCCUGGAGGGAGCUCCAUUCAUCACUGAUGACCAAAACAACCCUUACUGUGUCAAAGAUUACCAUCGCCGUUUCUCUCCUCUUUGCGUAAGCUGCAAUGAGCCGAUUGUUCCCGACCCUGGAAGUGAAGAGACCAUCAGGGUUGUUGCCUUAGAGAAGAACUUUCACCUGAAGUGCUACCGCUGUGAGGAUUGUGCUCGGCCCCUUUCCAUAGAGGCAGACGCUGAUGGCUGCUAUCCAUUUGAUGGCAAAAUUCUGUGCAUGAAAUGCCACACCCAACGUGCCAAGCAGGCCAAAAAUUGAUUGGUGGAACUUGCCACAAACCUAAACCAAAUUUAAGACACCUAAUUGUGUUUAUGAGUGUUGUACUUCUCUUUUCCAUUUCACAUUGUCAUUUUCUAAUUUUCCUCAUGUUUGCUCAAUGAAAGUUUCGUCGUCUCUCGACAAAGCUCUGCUGCUUUUUUCUGAAAGGCCUUAUUCAGAGCUCGGCCAAUAGCUUGCCCUUGUGUCCUUCUUGUAGGGAUUGAUGUGUGCGAGCACAGUGUUAGUGCCGCCUCCGUGUUGAAUGUUACACACAACAGUUUUUACCCCUAGAUUAAUAUGUAAAGUGUUAGAGAAGUGAUUUUUAGGACUGUUUUUUGGCUUGAAUUUUUACUGUAGUGGCUGAUUGGGUGCAGAGGUAAUGUACUGCACUGCCGUCUCAGCUCAGCGAGCUAUACGACUCCCAGCAUGCCUUUUAAAAAACAUCCAUAAAUUGUACCACAGCUGACUACUGAGGUGAGACGUAAAGUCUGUUCAUCCACAGCCAUCCAUGCACUUUCAAUAAGGCUUUCCGAAACAUACCUUGUAGUUGCUGAGAAGGGCUCUGUGUGAAAUGUAGUCGCGACGAAUGUAAAAGAAGCAAGAACAAAGGCAGGGAAAGAUGAAAGAACACCGCAAUUUGUGGAUUUGCAAUGCAUGCUUCAUUUAUAGAACUGUUUAGCUGUAAAUGAACAAAUAUUUUAAGAAGCACAUUCGUUUUGUCGUAAAACGCAUCGAUCAAAAUAUGUGCAUUGAUUAUCAUAGCCAGUAUAAGUGCAGUGGUUUUUCACUCCAUUAGGUGUUUAGCAAUUGCACAAACGUAGGUCAGUUUGAUGAAAAAGUAUUUCCAAAGUAAAGCACAUCAGCUGACUGAUCAAGUAUAUGACAUUGUAGCUAAAGCUUUUUAAAAGCAUCUGGAUUAUGGAUGGUAUCAUCAACACAAAUGCUUUAGGAUAUUUUGGUAAUAUAGAGCAGAAUUAUGA